CUCUAGCAUUGUGCUAAAUAAUUUUAUUUUUUGGGAUAGGUAAUUUAACUUUUUGUGAUACAUCCUCUAUUAGCUAUGCUAUUUUAUUCUAUGCUAUUGGCUAUUCUAUUAGCUUCGAUAUUAUGUCCAAAAAACCAGGCACACAGUGCAUCAUUUACCUUUCCGCGAAAGAACUCACGCGUCGAUGAGUUCAUUCACAGCUUCUCACCCUCAUUUUUUCUCGACCUGGUCUUACAGUUGAACGAAGAUGUGUGAAUCCUUCAAUAUAGAGAGGGAUGUUUUGGAACCACUAUCAUUGACGAUUCAUUACAGGUCUUUGUAAAAUUGUUUUAGAGAUUCGAAUUAAAAUACUUGAAAUUUACUUAAAUAUGUAUAAAACAUUGCAAUUUUAACAUAAGAAAUAGAAAAAAAAUCGUGAGGGCCAAUUCACACUGAUAAUUAUCUAAACAUCGCUACAUAAUUUCAAAAGGGUUUACAAAUAUUUCAAUUAAUUCUUUAGUUCGUUGAACCUGCUGUAUUAAUCCUUUACCCAGAGUCAGAACAGAUCCUAUUCUCGUGCAAUUAAAAAUAUUGACCGCUUCUUCUCGUCAAUGCGAGCCUGUCCUGUCAACUGCAGGCACACCUCAUCCACCCAAGUUACACUAAAGGCAAGGUAGAAAAGGAGAAUAAAUAAUUGCCUCGGAAGACAGCGUUCUGCACACAUCCUCCUCGGACGAUGGUUGUUGGUGCAGUAACAUGUACGGUGUACAACUUUCGUUGAACGAAACAAAUGGAAUGAACGGGUAGGUGUGUUCAUUUCUACCGGGUUGCUAACUGCAGCCGAACGAGAGCCGAAGCUCUCACGAGGCGAUUGCUUAAGCAGUGCUCUGUUGAAUGUUGCUCGUACAAAUAGGGAACAUUCCCAACAUUUUUACCAAAUUCAAACAUUCUUAAUGGAGGGUUUUUAAAUUGUUUAAGACAGUUUGACUUAGCGAUACGGUUAGGGUGUUUAACUAUUACAAAAAAGACAGUUGGAUUUUAGAAAUUCUUGCUUAUUACUACGUACGAAUUGAGACUAUUUAUUCAUUGCUUAUGAAACUAGUUCUACCCAGGCGACAGAAACACGGCACGAUCGUACGCAGUACUGACUACGGGUAAAGACCUUUCGAGGUCCAAAGAUGAAGAACCAGCUCAUCAUAAAAUUAAGAACUGAGUCAGCAUAGCAAUGUGAGGUAAAAUUCAUUCACAACACUAAACUAUUGCUUGCAUAAUUCUACUUUUCCCGAAACGAAAUUGUAUACAAAUCGUAACCAGACUGAUUAGAACUCAACUCCUCAAGCUCUUCUGUCUCAAACCGGAGUGUGUGAGGUAACGAUUGCGCCAGCCAUUCUCGGCAUCGCCCAGGCCACCAUACCUUGCCGACGUGCGUAUGAGUAAGAAUCCUCAUCCCCCUCAGAAACACCUCAUCCUGGCUUCGUCGCUGCAAACGCUCGCCACUGUGCACAUCAACAACAAAAAACAGUCCACCAAAACAUGGCGGAUAAGCCACAAACAAGACCUUCAGCCUGCUUUCGGUACCGUUCGGUGGGCAGUUUGUUUGCAAACAAGUGGCGCGACCUUAGGCUAGAAGGUUCGGAUUCCUCCCGACUCAGCUGCAACCGGCCAGUUGCUGUGACCUUUUGGGGGAAGGUGUAACCGUACCGUGCAGAUGAUGGGCGAGCUGCAUACUUAAAAGGUACUCGGCGCCAGGAUUGAAGCAUCAGUUGUGGUUGUGCCAAUAGACAGGGCGGCACCGAAGAAGCAGUGUGUAGUGUAGUGUAAGUCCUGUGAGCUGUGGUGGAUUUGAGGCGUGUGAAGCCUUUGGCGGGCAAAUUGUGAAAGUGGUGAACCGAUAGAAGCACAAAAUGUUGUUCAUCAACCGCUGGUUUCUGUCACUGUUGGUGGCACUGGUAGUGCUGGAUGGCGGCGUGCAAGCCUUCCGAUACUACAAACGCAUGGGCAAUCGGUUUCGCCCGGUCAUCAUGAAACCGAUGCCGGUGGGUCGGUUUGGUUUUGUGCGAGCCGAAAACCCCAACGCUGACGGAGCGAUGGAUGCAAAGUCGGGUGAGGAAAGCUCCGACGUUGCGCCACAAGCACCGGCGAUGGACGGGCUGCCAAUGCACGACAUGCACGAGCCACAGAUGCGUGAAAUGAUCCACGAUAGUCCGCAUCCGGUCGAGAUCGAUAUGGGCCCGGAAAUGCAGUCCCGCGUCAUGGGCUUUGAGGGAGAGCUGGACGAGGGCAACUUUGGCCGUGCGGCGGGUGAUGAGGGAGAGGACAAGGAAGAAGAGGAAGGCGGUCAGUUCCGGCACUUUAAGCACAAGAAGCAUAAGAAGCAUAAGUACGUGAUCCACACGCAUCACCAUUACCAUCACAAGAAGGGCGGUGAGGGGUACGGCCAUCAUGGAUACGGUCAUGGACACCAUGGCGGAUACGGUCAUGGACACCACGGUGGAUACGGUGGACAUCACCACGGUGGUGGUGGGCACGGGUAUGGACACGGGGACGAAGGUGAUGAGGGUGACGAUUAUGAGCCGACGUACGGUCACCACGGGCGUUACCGGCGAUCGUCCUCGAUGAGCGAAUCGUCCCCGGCGCAGGAGCUGGCAUCGGACGGCGGCCCCCAGGCUUUAGAUCGUACCGUGCUGCAUUCAUCCCCGGACCAUCCGAUCCCGCUGGUGGCGGUGGCCACCACUGACCCAGGAACACCCGGAUCCCCCGCCUACCGACAGUCCGUCAGCCGGCGACAGUUGGUGAGGAGCAAGAACGAGCGACUGGCCAGGAUUGGGCGUGAUCGGGCACAGCGAGCGAACAGGUUACGAUCGAUGGCAAAGCGUAUGAUUGAAGGGCUGGAGGGUGGAGGGCGUUCGGGUCGGGUGGCGGGAGAGGACGAGAGUGGUGCGGCGGGCGAAGGAUCCGUACCGCAGCGCUGGGCACAUAGGCGGCGGACAAAGUCGGAAUGGCGUCGGCGGGAUGCGAAUGCCGGCCGGCGCCGUAGACCGAUGCCGGUGGAAAAGGUGAUCGAGAGACGAACGCCGGAGGAAGUGCCACUACCGGUGACUCCGCCUCCCGUGAUCACUGUCGAUCCAGUGGAGUCUGUGGUAGAGGAGAGGGAGGUGGAGCGCGAGCAAGAGGACGAACCCGGAUGUGAUGAUCCGAUCUGCUCAAAUUUCUACGUUGACGAGCGAAAGCUCACAACGACCUCCACAACGCCUCGUGAACCGGAACACCGGCUAGAGGAGGAACUCGAGCCAAAGCUCGUCCCACUUGGUAAUGAGAUUGAUGAGGAAGAAGGUGAAGAAGCACCGGUUGGUACUUUCGUUGCGCAGCCACGCGAAGAACCGAAAUCCACACGAAACUCGCUCUGGAGAGGUCUCUCGAAGCGGCUUAGUGCAUUCCGGGAGCGGCAGGCUGAUAGAGUCGCCCGCCGAAGGAUGAUUAUCGCGCCGGAACAGUCAAGCACGACGACCGCUGACCCGAUGUCGAUGGAUGACGAUGAGUACGACUCGAACGAGAUAGUCGAGUACUACCAGCAGCAGGACGUGGGUCGUGUCCUGUACCGGAUGGCUAACGGGCGACUGCUCGAGGAACCGCAGCGUCUUCAUCUGCGCCGUAGCGCCGAAGGUGCCGAUGAGGAGGGUGACUCCAACUCGCUCCGCAAGCGACGCCUCAACCGACUGUCCAACCGAAUGAACCGCAGGCGGAAGCCUACCAAAAGCAAUGCAGCUUCGGAGGCUCAGCCCGCGGAGGGAGCCAGCGACAAGUCGCGUACGCCCAUGAUCAACAUCGGCACGUUCCGACUGACGGAUCCGAAGUACGAUGGGGCCGGUUCGGCUCCCGUGCCUGCUGCUACCGGCGGGGUGGAAAACACCGGAGCGGCUCGCUCCGUAAGUGGAACCGUUCCGGCGGACAUGGACAACUACAUCAUGCAGAAGGUGCGUGAGUACUGCAGCACGUCCUGUGCGGCUGGGAAAGCUCAACCGCCGCCCGUCAUCAUCAUGCCUUCUGCGCCCGUCGUCCCGGUCUCGAACAGUGAACCGAUCGUCGGCAGUAGCCGACAGCUGAUCGUACAGCCUGCGUCCACGUAUGAAGAUGCGACCGUUGCACCGGCCACUGCCCGUACGUCCGCCCCGAACCCCCCUGCCUCCUGUCCCACCAAGAUCGUCAAAUGCAUCCCGAAAGCGUUGGCCGACCGUAGCGGCAGCAAGCGGUACCGCAAAACCGAAUCCUCCCCGCAGCCAUCGUCCGACGAUCCGGCGGAGGACAAAGAAUCCAACCCGCUAGUAUCGCUGGCCAGAGGAAUGCGUCACUAUCGUUUCAAUCCGUUUAGACGACUGUUCGGACCGUUCGCUAGGCUGUAGUAGACACCGGCGGCCAAACCCUCUCCCUCCCUCUCCCUCUCUCUCUCUCUCGCGCUCUGCGUCCCUCUCCCGUCGUCGUCGUCGUUGUUCGUGUGACCUGUGACGUUCCUCCCUUGACAGCAACAACCAAACCCAGCAUCGCUCGUAGCGUUAGAAUUAAGAGCUCCCGAUCCGGUGGGCGCCCCAUCCCGCGUGGGGAUGAAUGCAUGUGUUCUGUGCCUCUCGAAUUAAUGCUAGAAUAAAUUUUACUGACAUCAUUGGGCGGUAUCCUGCCCAAUGAUUGAGGUUCCGUUUUUAUACCACCCAAAACUAAUGAUUUGUUUUUUCUUUCUCUCUCUCUCUCUCCCUCAUACUCGGUCCCGACCCGACUUGGUGAUGACUGAUGAUGUCCCUCUAUUGUCUGUGUCCACUCGCAUUC